CCUGGAGAGAAAAUAAGGAUGGAAAGGAAAAUGCAGACUACAUGAGGGCUGAGACGCCUCAGAAAAUCUAUUUAUAGGCUUAUUCCUGUCUAUCAUUAUUUGUCUAAAUCACUGUUAGACGUUUUAAUUCGAGGCAUCAGCUAUAAAAGGAGGCGCUUUGGUCAUAUGUCACGCCUGCUCGUCUAUUUUUUAUUUUUAUUUUAUUUCAUUCCCUCCAAUAAUUAUGAAGCCAUGUCCACUGUGUGUUUGUAAAUAUUUCCAGGAUGUCUCACCAUCCUCUCACCCACCCACCCCGGCUCAUGUGACUGGGAUACAUGUGACUGGGAUACAGCUUUACAGUGCUUCACUCCUCCCUCUAUUCCUCCUCCUCCUCCUCUUCUCCCUUCCCCUUCCCACUCCUUCAUUCUGUCAGUGUUUAGCCUGUGGUUCCCUGCACCACAGUCGAUCCUGGGAGAGCCUUCCCGCCUCCUCCUCUCUCCUCUCCUCCUUCUUUUUUUUGCCUCCCUUCGACUCCUUGCCUCCUCGCCUCUCACCUCGCCUCCUCUCCUUUUCUGGCCGUGCUUUGGGAGUGACUGAGAGCUCCGUCUGCAGGGCUGAGUGUCACUUGAGGUGACCCAGAAAUGAUAACUCCAGAUGAACCCUGGAUGUGUGGUAAUCUAACCACCAUGCCCUAGGAGCAAGGCAGGCAGGGAGGCAGAGAGGCAGGCGGGCAUCCCGGGUUGAUGCUGUAUCUGUGGCUUCACUGUUGAACUGCGCACUCUGCAGAGCCUGUCUGGGUAUCAUGCUUGGAGAACGCUGUGUGCACGUGCGCACAGUCCGGAGCUCCACAGCCUGCACGCUGCACAGGGAUCUCUCUCACACACACGGCACAGCCUCAGAGCCUCAGAGCCCCACAUUUGGAUGCGCUGAGAGAGCGGGGCGCAGCGCUGCGGUACAGUAUAUGGAAGUUGUGGGUUGCAAGACAGAGGCAGGCAGUUGCACGUUGCGUCCAGGACCCGGAGCCAUGCUUUUCCACGGGAUCUCCGGGGAUCACAUCCAAGGGAUCAUGGAGGAGAUGGAGAGAAGGUCGAAAACGGAGUCGCGCCUGGCUAAGGGCAUGCAGCUCAACGGGAGAGAGUCGACCAUGCCCUCUAUGAGCCCGGAGAAGCCUGCUCUGUGUGCCGGCUGUGGCGGCAAGAUUUCGGAUAGAUACUACCUCCUGGCCGUGGACAAACAGUGGCACCUGCGGUGCCUCAAAUGCUGUGAAUGUAAACUAGCGCUGGAGUCGGAGCUAACGUGUUUUGCCAAGGAUGGGAGUAUCUAUUGCAAGGAGGAUUACUACAGAAGGUUCUCCGUGCAGAGGUGCGCGCGCUGCCACCUCGGGAUAUCGGCCUCGGAGAUGGUGAUGCGGGCGCGCGACUCCGUGUAUCACCUGAGCUGCUUCACGUGCACCACUUGCAACAAGACGCUGACUACCGGAGACCACUUCGGCAUGAAGGACAGCCUUGUGUAUUGCCGGCUCCACUUUGAGACGCUGGUGCAAGGACCGGACUACCAUCCUCAGCUCAACUUUGCCGAGCUGGCAGCCAAGGGCGGCGGCCUCUCCUUACCCUACUUCAACGGCACCGGUACGGCACAGAAGGGAAGGCCGCGCAAGAGGAAGAGCCCGGCCAUGGGGAUAGAUAUACCCAGCUACAACGCAGGCUGUAACGAGAACGACACCGAUCACUUGGACCGGGACCAGCAGGCCUACCCUCCAACGCAGAAGACCAAACGCAUGCGGACCUCCUUCAAGCACCAUCAGCUGCGGACAAUGAAAUCCUACUUUGCCAUCAACCACAACCCAGAUGCCAAGGACUUAAAGCAGCUGGCCCAGAAAACGGGCCUCACUAAGAGAGUUCUACAGGUUUGGUUCCAAAACGCAAGAGCCAAAUUCAGAAGGAACGUUUUGCGACAGGAGAAUGGAGGUGUUGAUAAGGCUGAUGGCACCUCACUCCCUCCACCCUCAUCUGACAGUGGGGCCCUGACCCCCCCCUCCAGCGCGGCCACACUAACAGACCUGACAAACCCCUCUAUCACUGUAGUGACCUCCGUCACCUCUAGUUUGGACAGCCAUGAUUCGGGGAGUCCUUCGCAAACUACCUUGACAAACCUUUUCUAACAAGCUAUCUCUAGCAGACUGAUAUAUUAUUAUUAUUUUUUUUUUAUCUGAUUUUAUUUGAUUUUUAUUUUUUUUUUUUUAUUUGAUUUUCCUUUCCUCAAUUUACAUUUUAUUUUUUUAUGUGACACCUUUAAAUCUACCAGAGACAGCUCCUUGGAACAGAAAGUGCUGUACUGUGUACACAAACAAGAACAACAAGAGCAAGAACAGCAGCGACCACAUUAAAACGCAAGGAAAUCAUUUUAAUGUGUAGCAUUUGAAACCGCAUGGCAGCCGUGUCUGUAGUUGACUUACAGUAUGCAGAGAUUGAUUUUGGACGGGACAUUUUUGAAGCUGAAGGCAUUAGAAAAAUUGUCAUGGAUCCCACAGCUCAUUGGAAAAAAUAACUAAACUUGAAGCUUGUCUGGAAAACUAGAUUUCUUUUACUUGAUUUGACUUUAUUUGUACAUUUGUAUUGAAUUAUGAUAAAAUAAGCCCUUCCUAAUUUAUGGUUAAUUGGUAAAUUUAAAAAAUAAUAUGAAUAUUUUGCCCUCAGAAACCUGUAUAUGUAUGCACUGUGUUCGCACUAUCCAAUUUAAAGAUUUUUUUUUUCUUCUGUUUUGAAAUAAUUUGAGAAAUAAACUUGUAGAAUGUUCUGUAUAUGGAUAACUCCAGAAAACAGGCUUUAAUUAUUUCCGAAUGUUUCAGUCUUUAAGACUGAGUUGGAUGGAAUCAGACAUUGAAAUAUCUCACAGAGCUACAUGUAAAACAUCUAAAUUGCAUUAUAAGCACCUAACCAUUUGCAGCUUAUAUGGCAGGUAGAUGCUGAAACCGCAUACAUUUUUUGUCUUGAUUCACAAAUCUACUGUGAUUAAGAGAAAGAAGCAAAUCUUACAAUCUGUGCAGUGGUAACUGUUCAACAUGUAACGCAGUCACGUAACAAUUAGCAAAUCAGCGAGAGAAAUUCAGAUUGGAGAACAGUUUAUGGACACUGUUGUAAUCGAUUGUUUUCAUGACAGAGCACUUUCUCGGAUUUGUUGGCCUCAUAGAUUAACCGUAGUCAAAUGGAUAAAUCCUAGUAAACAUAUCCAUUGAUCCACAGCUAAACUCAAUUGCACAGUGACAAUAUACUGCCCAGUGAAAAGUGCAUUAUUGUUUUUAUCAUGUUGCUCAGGGUAACGAUGUGAUUUUAAAAAGGGAAAAGGAGUAGUUAGAAGUAAUUAAGUGAGCGCGACGUUGCAGACUAGAUUUGUAGAGCUGACAUGAACAUUCAAAUGACCUCAGAUAGGUGGAGUCGAAAGAGGCAGCCAGUGGGAAAUCAUUGUCCAUGUGUUCUCCUUUUUGGCCAUAUUUACACUUUCUUUAAUGACACUUGCCACUGAACAGACCAAAAACAUGUUUCUUCUGGCUGAAAGAUAGAGAGAAAAGAGAGACAGAUCUUCAAUGGAGUUUCAUUGUGAGCGUCACAAUUUGUUCUAUUGUAGAACAAAGUGGUACUCUAAAUCUACUUAAUGAAGUAGAUGCCUAACUCAGUUCUACUAUGUGCCUUAUGCUAUAACUUGGGAGAAAGUUUGUGAAAUUCAGGAUAUAUGUGUUCUUUGUUAACUGAUUCACAUCCUUUUGACGCCUCACUAGUUUUGUACUGUUUUGCAUCUUAUUUCCGAAGAUCUUUUUAUGGUGUAUCCUGUUAAAAAGGGGGCAGCGAUGUCAUAGAAAGCAUUUGUGCACUCUUUCAGAUAUAGUUGGGUAAUCCAAGAACGUUAUAUAUUGAUCUUCGUGUUAAUAGUUGAGUACAGUAAGUGUUCUAUCAAGAUUGUCCAUGUUUCCCUGUUUCUUGAUAAAGAUGGUGUAUAGAAACUAUUUCCCCUUAAAUAUUUAUGGACCAAACGGUUGUUAUAUAUCUUAUUAAAUUUG